UUAUUUAGAGGCGGUGCCAGGCAGCUUCACCAAACGUCCUGUGACACAUGAGUGCGACUCAAAGGAGUUGGGGGGCCGGCCGAAAAAGCCGCCGCACUUUUCCCAGCCCGCCAUCCCAGUUGAACCAACCAACUCCCCCACUGAGCCUGUAAUCACCAGGAAUCCCACCUCCUCCCCCCCCCCAGCCCCUGCCCAGAGGAAAAUCCUAAAAAACAACCACCACCACCAAACACCCAACUCGCUUUCCCAGUUGUUGUGCUCCAGUUUGAAUUGGGAACUUUUCCCUUUUUUUGUGUAAAGGGUGGGGGUGGGUUUUUUUUUGUUUUUAAAGAAUCCGUAAAGAAAAGUUGUUUCCCCUUCCCCAGCCCUAUCAACCCUUCCUCCCCCCCCCUUCCCUCUCUUAACACCCACCCACCGACCAUCCACAUCUCCUGUGAUCCACCAUGAACAAGCUGUACAUUGGGAAUCUAAACGAAAACGUGACUCCAGGCGAUUUGGAGAAAGUCUUCAAUGACCACAAGAUCUCCUUCAGUGGUCAGUUUCUGGUGAAAUCGGGCUAUGCCUUUGUGGACUGCCCUGAUGAGCAAUGGGCUAUGAAAGCCAUCGAAACUUUUUCUGGGAAAGUGGAGCUACAUGGAAAACAGCUAGAGAUUGAACAUUCAGUACCCAAAAAGCAAAGGAGCCGCAAAAUUCAGAUAAGAAAUAUCCCACCCCAGUUACGAUGGGAGGUGUUGGAUGGUUUGCUAGCUCAGUAUGGUACUGUAGAAAAUUGUGAACAAGUGAACACAGACAGUGAGACGGCCGUCGUCAACGUCACCUAUUCAAACCGGGAGCAGACCAGACAGGCGAUCAUGAAACUGAAUGGGCACCAGCUGGAAAACCAUGCACUGAAAGUCUCCUACAUCCCCGACGAACAGUCCAUGCAGGGGCCUGAGAACGGGCGGCGGGGCGGCUUCGGCACACGGGGGGCCCCCAGGCAGGGCUCGCCCGUCGCCGCAGGAGCGCCCGUAAAGCAGCAGCCGGUGGACAUCCCACUCCGACUCCUGGUGCCCACGCAGUACGUGGGGGCCAUCAUCGGCAAGGAGGGGGCCACCAUCCGCAACAUCACCAAGCAGACGCAGUCCAAAAUCGACGUGCACAGGAAGGAGAACGCGGGAGCAGCGGAGAAAGCCAUCAGCAUCCAUUCCACCCCCGAGGGCUGCUCGGCGGCCUGCAAGAUGAUCUUGGAGAUUAUGCAGAAGGAGGCAAAAGACACCAAGACAGCUGACGAGGUUCCCUUGAAGAUCCUGGCCCAUAAUAACUUUGUGGGGCGGCUGAUCGGCAAAGAGGGGCGGAACCUGAAGAAGGUGGAACAGGACACGGAGACGAAAAUCACCAUCUCGUCUUUGCAGGAUCUGACUCUCUACAACCCUGAAAGGACGAUCACGGUGAAGGGCUCCAUCGAGAACUGCUGCAAAGCCGAGCAGGAGAUCAUGAAGAAAGUGAGGGAAGCUUACGAAAAUGACGUGGCUGCCAUGAGUCUACAGUCUCAUCUGAUCCCCGGCCUUAACUUGGCUGCUGUCGGACUCUUCCCGGCUUCUUCCAACGCGGUGCCACCGCCUCCAAGCAGCAUCUCCGGGGCAGCGCCAUAUAACUCCUUCAUGCCCCCAGAGCAAGAGACGGUGCACGUCUUCAUCCCCGCGCAGGCAGUCGGCGCGAUCAUCGGCAAGAAAGGACAGCACAUUAAACAGCUCUCCAGAUUUGCGAGCGCCUCCAUCAAGAUCGCACCACCCGAGACACCGGAUUCCAAAGUGCGCAUGGUUAUAAUCACUGGCCCACCAGAAGCUCAGUUCAAGGCACAAGGACGAAUUUAUGGCAAACUCAAGGAGGAAAACUUUUUUGGGCCUAAAGAAGAAGUGAAGCUGGAGACGCACAUUAGGGUUCCUGCCUCGGCCGCAGGGAGAGUUAUCGGCAAAGGAGGCAAAACUGUCAACGAACUGCAGAACCUGACGGCAGCAGAGGUGGUGGUGCCACGGGACCAGACUCCUGAUGAGAAUGAGCAAGUCAUCGUAAAAAUCAUUGGACACUUCUAUGCCAGCCAGAUGGCGCAGCGCAAGAUACGCGAUAUCCUGGCCCAAGUGAAACAGCAGCAUCAGAAGGGACAGAGCGGUCAGACGCAAGCGCGGAGGAAAUAAGAGCCGCUAGCACGCGACGACUGUGACAAAAAUUGGAAAAUGAAUGAGUCGAUGCCGGGCUUAAGAGUGGCUGGGAAUCAGUUACCGUAGACAGAUGAUAACUUUUCAUGACCAGAUUGAGAUUAAAAGGCAGUUUGAUUGGC